AUGGGUAGCACUGAAGAAGCCAACAAAUCCACUUCACUCUAUGAUUCCUCUUCACCAUCACAACCUCUGCUCUUCAAACCUCCUUCAAUCGAAGAGCCAAACCAACCUGACCAGCCCGAAUCUGACCCGACCCAGUACCUCCAGAUCUCUUACAAUUAUGGUCCUAGACCUUUCAAAGACCUUCCUUUCCUAGUCCUUUUUGUUCUUGUUGUUCUUUGUACUUUUGGGUUUGGUAUAUUCACUGUUUUUCACAAAAAUCCCAAUUACUCUAAUCUGUCAUCUUAUAAAUAUGACUUGAAUUCUACUUCUUGUGUACAAGAUUCAACCUUUAAUGGUUUUUACGAGUCGAGAUUUGAUUUUUAUGCUUUAAGUUCAUCAGGUUCUGGUUUUCUUAAGUCUUUGAUAUGGACCCUUGUUGUUACUUUGAUUUUGAGUGCGCCCAUUUGCUUUCUUUUGCUACUUUUUCUUAAACAUUACACUAAGCAGAUUGUGUAUGCGUCAAUUCCUUUCUUUGUUGUCAUUCCUAUCUUUUUUAACGUGUACUGGUUUGUUGCUUGUACUGUUAGUUCUUCUUGUUCUACGUCGUUCCCUCUAGUUUAUAGAAUUUUGGUUUUGGUUUUCGUGUUCUUGAUUAUUGGGAUAAUUGUGUGGAUUUUUGUGGCUAAUUGGCAUAGAAUUGAGUUAACAGUGAAGAUAAUUGGGGUUGCCUCUGAUGCUUUGUCUAAGAAUUUUGGUUUGUUUGUGGCGAUCCCAUUGUUAACGUUUGGAUUAGUGGCUUAUUAUGCGCCGAUCGUGGUAUUUUUAGUGUUUGCGAGAUUGAAUGGGAAAAUUGUGCCUAAGGAAUCAAAUGGAGAAUAUAGGUGUGUUUGGAAGCAAGAUAGUUGGGUGCCAGCGUACUACACAUUGGCAAUUCUUACAAUGCUGUGGUCUUUGACUGUCAUGAUUGAAGCCCAGGUUUAUGUUAUAAGUGGAACUGUUGCCCAGUGGUACUUCACAAAGGACGAUGCGAAACCUAGAAGGAGUAUAAGAAGUUCUUUGAGAAAUGCCUUUGGUCCCUCAUCUGGCACUGUAUGUUUAUCUGGAUUGCUUAUUUGUGUUGUUCGCUUUGUGCGUGCUGCUGUCGAUAGCGCUAGACAAGAGGAUGUUCCUGGGAUGGUGAACCUUAUCUUGCGGUGUUGUGUCAAGGCAUUACUUUCAGCAGUAGAUUUUCUUAACAAGUUCACAAUCAACUUCGCAGCAAUAACCGGUGAAGCCUACUGCACUUCUGCCAGGAUGACAUAUGAGCUGUUAAAACGUAAUCUGCUCUCUCCUGUUUUUGUUGAAACCGUCUCCACUCGCUUGUUGGCUGGAAUUACAUUCGUACUCUCAGCAAUAUAUGCAAUUGUGGUCUGCGUUAUCCUGAAAGGUGCAAGCAAUAUUGGGGUUUACUCAUAUGUUGUAGCUGUUCUUGCAUGGGUGUUACUGAUUAUCGUGCUGGGUUUCUUUGUUCACCUGCUGGACAAUGUGAUCGAGACUGUUUAUAUAUGCUAUGCCAUAGAUAAGGAUAGAGGGGAAGUUUACAAACCAGAGGUUCAUGGGGUUUAUGUUCACCUACCUGUCAGUAGAAAUCAUAGAUCACCUAUUGCUCCCAUUGCUCCUGUUGCAUAA